GACGAACAUUUGCGUUCUUUUUUCUUUAACGUUUUCCUCUGUUUGUUUCGAAUCAGUCAGUACGUCAUCCUGUUACCUCUUGUCAUUGGGGAACGGAGUCGGAGUUCUGUCCAUUAAACCCGUCAAAAAAAGUUUAUGGAUGACAGUGUGCUUUCUACAGUCCGGACAUUAUGAUUCCCCAGGCGGGCAAAGGGUUUGUGGUCCGCAUUCGGUUCUCCUCGUGGCGGCGGCUGUUCCAGGGCCGUUACCUGCUGCUCACUAACACGGUGAGCGGAGGAGGCAUGCUGGCGCUGGGUGACUUCCUCCAGCAGAGCCGGGAAUCUCUCAAAGACUCGACUAGGAUUCGAGACUGGAACAGGACAGGUCGUAUGUUUGUGGUGGGCUGCUCCAUGGGUCCAGUUCUGCACUUUUGGUACACAUGGCUAGACAGAAGAUUUGUGGGAUAUGCUCUAAACACAGUCGUCAAAAAGGUUCUGGUGGAUCAGAUGAUAGCGUCGCCAACACUUGGCAUGUGGUACUUUUUAGGAAUGGGGCUCAUGGAGGGACGCUCCAUAUCCCAUGGAUGGGAGGAGUUUAAAGAUAAAUUCUGGGAAUUUUAUAAAGCUGACUGGUGUGUUUGGCCUGCAGCUCAGAUGAUCAACUUUUAUUUCCUCUCCCCCAAAUUCCGUGUCGUAUAUGUCAACACCGUCACUUUGGGGUGGGACACCUACCUUUCCUAUCUCAAACACAGAGAUGACAGUCAGCCCUCAGAGCUGCUAUCAGACAGCAGUUUGUCAGAUGCGCAGCAGAAAGCUCUACCACCAUCCAAACCUCUGGAGGAGAAAAGUGGAUGGUGAUGUCAAAGACAGGCUGCUCUUCCCAAUACAGUUGUUAAAACCUGCUGCACGUGGACGUUAGAAGUUGUUGUGUUGGGACUCCUUUCUUCCACGUUCAUUUGAAUGGUACUGAAUUCAGAGUAUAUCGGAGUAUUCAGACAUUGUGAUGCGUGUCCUCGGUUUGUGUGGACAUUCCAAGAUUUAAAAAAAAAAAAGAAGUGAAAGCUCUUCCCACCGAAGAUAGGAGCGCUGCUACAUAUUCUAUGAUGUAAGAAAUCUAAAAUUUGAUGCUGGUCAGUGUUCGGAACAUUUAAACUGUGUAAAACUAUACUGGCAUUUCACUUAAGGGAAGAGUAUGCAUUUUUCAAACUGCUACCAAAUUUGACUUAAAUUCCCAUCCCCGCCCCGUCGCGUCUCUCCCCAAAGAAAUGCCCCCAGCUCACUAAAGCGCAUGCACGCCAAGGCUGCUACAUUGAUUGCUAGCAUGACUUAUUCAUGAUUGAGUAUUGCCAAAAGAAAGUGUUACCGGUUUAAUGUUGUAUUUUUUGGAAUGUACAAUCAAUUAAAAGGAGAGGUGAUUAACUUACCCGAUGACCCGAUGAAAAAGGUGACGCCAGCAACAGUGGUUUUCCAAGUCAGCCCUGCAGCCGUUUGCGUAUAGGACAUCACCGUUGCAUAUGUUUGCCCUUGUUUUGUCUCGGGAUCUGUCCAAUUCAUUCUUUUUAACUUUUGUUGCUAACCGGGCGGAAAAAAUCCGACCAGUUAAAAGAAAGUCUGCGGGAGGGUUCUGGGUGUAUUGAUUGCAUGUCACACACGUCAUGUUUACCCGUGUGUGUUGGUGUGUUUUUUUUUUCCCUGAAAACUGCAAACUCUACCUUUAAGUCAGUGUAUAUACUCUUUAUGUAUAAAGCUCUGAGCUCGCUCACAUGAUAAUUUAGUAUAAAACUAAUUAGUAGAAUUUUGUUUUAUUUUAUACCAUACCAAAAAUGUUCAGAUUUGAAUUCAUUUCAUUGACAUUAAGACAAUAUCAUUUGAAAAUACCAAAUUUGACUUAAGUCAAUAUUUUUGUAACAUGUUCCAUUCAAUUACAUUUUGUUAAAUCAACUCAAAAAUAUGAAUUUGAUCCAAUAAGAACAUAUUAGUCCUACGACUGGUUGGCAACCUGUCUCUGGUGGUCCGCCUCGCGGCCUAAGUCAGAUGGGAUAGGCUCCAACUCUCCCGUGAUCCUGAACCGGAUGAAUGGUAGAGAAUGGAUGGGUGAAUUAACUUAUUCUUUGGUUUAGUUACCAAAAAACAUACAAUUCUGUGGAACAGGUUUUCUUAAAAAUAUAUGUAAAAUCCCAUUUUGUGUGUGUGUGUGUGUGUGUGUAUGUGUGUGUACCUUUAUCUGAUUUGAAAUUUUGGCACGCUGAAGUGUUUCGUGCUUCUACUGAUGUUUUCAGUGUAGCAUGGUGGUCAUGUUUGUAAGAGGACUAAAUUUUUUUUAACCACAGAGGUUUGCGCAUGUACAGAAAUUGAUGCAGCAAAAUAGUGCUUGAUUUUUCAUUUAAAUGGUCUCACAUUCAAGCUGAUGAAAAUGACAGCAUUUUUUAGCUGAUUUGACAAUGAUAAUCUAGAGAUUUGUCAACUGUUAUACAUUUUUGUUCAUUGUAAGAUUAAGAACUUGUUUAUUGGUAAUGCCAUACUUAAGAUGUAUAAACCCCAGUUACAAUGAAGCUGGGAUGUGUAAAAUGUAAAUAAAAACAGAAUACGAUGAUUUGCAAA